UUCAUUUAAGGGAAUAGGGAGCAAGAAGAUAGGACCACUGUUUAACCACCAGUUGGUUGAAAAAUCUAACUCAACGAGGAAAUGGAAUCUGAGACCAACUCCAACAAACGCAAAAGAUUAGAUGAAUCUGAUGAGUCAAAGCAAGAAAAGAGACCUCGGCUGGACGACACCUUUGAAAAACAUAAUACAACAGCUGUAUCCAAGGCUCAAAAACCUAUAUUAGACAAUAUAAAUGACACAGAAUCCAAUGAAACUGAACAAGAUGGAUCAUACCGUUGUAUAUCUGUAUCUGAAAGCAAGAAGGAGGAGAAGGAAAAUGCGGUUCUCAUUAACAUGCAUGCAAAGUCUGAUGCCUUUAGCUUGCCUGUUAUCGAAAACAAAAAAGAAUGCAGCGCCAUUGAAAUGACUGCUAGCGCACGAUCUUUAGAUUCUAGAGAUGAUAUAAAUGACGAGGAAGUACGCGAUUCUGAUGUCAGUUUAUCCCCAACAACCGUAUCUGAAUCUAAGAAUGAUGAUGAUUCUAAAGGUAAAGAUACCAAAGCAGAGGAAGUCAAUCUAGAAAUUGAAUCAGAUACAGGAAAAGGUGGUGACAUUAAGUUUGAUACCAUCGAUGAUGUUCAAGAGGAAGAAGCCAGCCUUGAUAACUGUGUUGAACAUCAGAGCCAAGUUAAUCUGCAAGAAACGGGCAUCUCUAAUAAAGGGCCCAUUUCACUUGGGGUAUUAGAGGAUUCAAAUGUUCAAAUUGAACAAAGGGGUGUAUCAGAUGCAAAUUUUAUGGAAAAUGAAUGUAAAAAUUUAGUUUCCACCACGGAAUCAGAAAAUCAAAACACUACAAGUGAGGCAUCAGGGCAAGAAGAUAAUGCAAUAGAUGAAGAGAGAUUUUUAUAUAGGUUACUUAGACCAGGCGAGUCUUAUAAUAUGGGAAUUGAACCAAAGAACAUCUAUUCGAACACGUCUAUAAAUAAACACGUUGCCUGCGGAUCGUCCGAUGGCGUGAAAUCAAGAUACAUAUCCUGCUCAAAAACACGCGAUGCAAUUAAUAGAUUCGCGUCUUAUAUAAAACCGGCUUUACGCUUUCAGUUACGACACAUUGUCAGAAUUGACAAAACCAAGCUCGAUGACGAUUGUGAAAUAUAUGAUCUCACAGAGGAUUCGGUCAGUACCAGGUAUCUUAGAUCUGAGUCUGCCAGACGACAUGCUCGUGAUUAUGAUGAAGUAUUACUUGCACCAUCACGUGAAAUGCCUGAAAUACCUGUUUGGUGUUUUACAAAGGCUGGAUCUGUACAGGAUGGAAAAAUACAUUGGAUUGGCGGUGUGUUAUGACUUUUCACAUUGUUUUUGUUUAAAUUAGCUAGAAAACAAUAUUUAAAAAAAAAUUAAUUGUUAUAUCAGAACGAUAAAAAAAAUCACUUGCACAAAAUUUUAACACUAUUCUUUAAAACACGGCUUUUUUCUAAUAGUAGAGCACACACUUAACAUAAGACAUUGAACAUUGUAUUCAAUACCUCAUAAAUGAUUUGA